AUACGGACGCUUCGAAGUAGCCGAUUCUACGGGGAAUAGAUGGCGUGUUGGUGCAUAUACACUGAAUAGAAAACAACACUGCAUUAUGUCUAACCCAUUCAACUGGAUAGAUAUUGUGGUGCUUGUCUUGUACUUUUCUUUGGUCCUAGCUGUAGGAGUCGUCUCAAUGUGCCGCAAGAACAGAGAGAGCGUGAAGGGAUACUUUCUGGCGGGAAGAACUAUGGUGUGGUUUCCGAUUGGAGCUUCACUGUUUGCGAGCAACAUUGGCAGUGAGCACUUCGUGGGCCUGGCAGGAAGCGGAGCGGCCUCUGGCAUAGCUGUCGUCGCCUUUGAGUGGGGUGCUGUGUUGCUUCUCCUGCUCCUGGGAUGGGUCUUCUUACCGAUCUAUCUCUCUACCGGGAUAUUUACUAUUCCUGAAUAUCUCCAGAAACGGUUUGGUGGCAACAGAUUACGUCCCUAUCUGAGCGUGCUGGCGCUGAUUCUGUAUGUCAUUACGAAGUGUUCGGUAGACAUCUACGCCGGUGCCGUAUUCAUUCAACAGGCAGCGGGAUGGAACAUCUAUCUGUCCAUUGUCCCACUGCUGGCCGUUACCGCUCUCUACACAGUUGUCGGGGGUCUGGCUGCGGUCGUGUUCACGGACACCCUUCAAACUAUAGUGAUGUUAAUCGGAGCCGUGACACUGGCGAUCAUGGCUUUCGUCCAAGUGGGAGGGAUUGACGGCCUGUACUCCAAAUACUUCUAUGCUAUACCUGAAACCAAUGUUACGAGGAACAACACGUGCGGGAUGCCUCGCGCGGACGCCUUUCAUAUCUUCCGGGACCCCGUGAACGCCGACUUGCCAUGGCCAGGGAUUGUCAUCAGGUCCACCGUUGCUUCGCUGUGGGCGUGGUGUGCCGACCAGGUUUUAGUCCAGAGAGCCCUAGCUGCCAAGAACAUGGCCCACGCCAAGGGUGCCACAGUGUUUGCAGGCUACCUGAAGAUACUACCGCUGUUCCUGAUCAUUUUCCCCGGCAUGAUCAGCAGGAUCCUCUAUACAUCUGAAGUGGCUUGCGCAGACCCCGCCACGUGUUUCGAGGUGUGUGGGAACGAGGCUGGAUGUUCCAACAUUGCAUACCCAAAGCUCAUCCUCACCCUUGCACCCAUUGGUCUGCGUGGCUUGAUGAUGGCGGUGAUGCUUGCGGCGUUGAUGAGCUCGUUGACGUCGGUGUUCAACAGUGCCGGUACAGUGUUCACUAUGGACCUAUGGAGGAAGGCGAGGCCAGCGGCUAAAGAAAGGGAGCUUCUCAUCGUCGGCAGGGCGUUUAUUCUGGUGCUUGUUGCUGUGAGUCUGGGCUGGAUUCCGCUCAUCAUGUCUUCCCAGGAAGGACAACUCUUCCUCUACAUCCAGGCUGUCAAUGGCUACAUAGCGCCACCUAUCUGUGCCCUCUUUAUCCUCGCUAUAUUUGUACCGAGAAUUAAUGAAAAGGGUGCGUUUUGGGGCGUAGCAGUAGGACAAGUUGUUGGGAUCUGUCGCCUCGUGCUGGACUUCGUGUAUCCCUCUCCUGGAUGCGGCAACGUGGACAACAGGCCCAGUGUCGUCUCCAAGGUGCAUUUCACGUAUUUCUCAGGGAUUGUCCUCUGCGUGACCACCAUUGUUGCCAUUACGGUCAGCCUGAUGACGGAGAAGCCGGACCGGACAUUUACUGACGGAUUAACGUACUGGAGUAUUCGUAAAAAGAUCCGCCAUGACAACGCUACAUACAGGGUGAAGGAACAAAAGAAGUCCGAGAAGGGUAUGAUCCAGAAUGAUGACUCGAACACGACGGCGGCUCUUGACGUCAAGCUGGAAAACGGCACUGACGAGAACAACGUGAUUGACCUGAUACAAGAGAAAUUCAGUCUUAGAAUUUCAGAAAAGUUAAAUCUGUUCCUCGACAUUAAUGGUGUUGUGCUUCUCUGUGUGUUUGCAUUUUUAUAUGGAUAUUAUGGAUAGCUGCGGACACGUCCAGUCCUUGUUCUGAAACAUUAAGAAAAUACUGUCUUGUCAAAUCAGUAUAUCGAUUAUCUCGAUAAUGCCGAAUAUAAAAAAUUGAAAACAGAUUUUUUACUUCGGGUCAUAACCACAUGAUUCGUACAAGACUUAAUGAAUUGAAUGAGAAACUAUGUUGGAAACAAUGAAGGGGCCGCAUACACCCUACUUUGGUUGAAACAAGGAAUGAUUUAUUUUAAUAGAAUUAUUUACCACUGUUAUUCUCUAAGUGGGGCCAUUACUUUGGGUUCAGUGUGCAUCUCUUUAUAUUCGAGGUGUCUGUGUAUGAAUAUUCAGAAAGGCAUUGAAACGAUAUACGCACAAUACUCUUCUGUUUGGUACUGUGAAAACGUCCUUUCAACAUAAGGGUUGUCAGUAGUGCGGGGGUGGGGGUAGAUUGGGGAAGAUCCAUGCUUCUUAUUCCUUAAAAUUGAAUGUAUCAGGUUGAUUAACCAAAGUUGAUGGCUUUUAAAAUAUUUGAACCUUCUAAGUAGAUUUUAUCCCCAAUUCAACCAUGACAAUAUAAACCAUUUGAUGAUAAUAGGUAUAAAUCUUCGUGUUUCCUUCCAUACACUCCGACCAUAUUCUUUCCAAGUAUGACAUCAGUCGUGAAGUUUGGCCGUUCACCUUAGAUUUUCCAAAAUGAUACCAAAGAGUUCUGUUGCCAUGGCCUUAGUUAUACCAUAAUUCUGUAAAGAAAAGGUCAUAUAGUGUGAAACAAGUACAUCAACGUUGGUGUAUGUGUAUGUUUACAGGGUAUAUACGGUACGUGUAACAUUUUACUUGAUAAUCAUCUUCAAUUAGUUUAUGUCUCCCGUUACCGUCGGUUCAAAUGUGGUUGAACGUUAAAAGAAGUACGUUUGGGAGAAUUACCGGUGAUUUGUUGUAUUGAAAAUGUCAGCACGGAGCAGGUGUUCUCGUAUUUGAGGACGACAUUACUCAUUGUGUCGUGUCAACGUUAGUAGCUGGUGUUUCUUAGGGGAACAUACAAGAUGUCGUCACAACAACUGUUCCCUACUUUAUUUCCAACUGUUCCCUACUUUAUUUCAUACAGUAUACGUUAUAUAAUUAAAUAUCAAUAUAUGCAGUCACGGGGUCACAAAUAACCAGACAAUGUUUAAACUAUGAUGACAAAUGUAUGUGAUUGUGAUUUUUUCCAGGUAUUACAAAUAGAAACAUCAUAUAAUUUUGUAAAUGUACAGGUUUAAAACGCAACAACAGUAGCAUAAAAUGAUGCCCAGAAUCACUUUUCCAUUAUACAGAAGGGUAUGCAGUAAUACUUGAUCUUUGUACACAGAGUAUUUUGUAUCGAUAUCUUGUAGCAAUAAACGCUGUACCUUAUUGUACAGCAAAAGAAA